GUAUGAUUUAGUAAACAAGCAAAAGUGUGGAAUUCUCCUUAUUUUAUCUGAUGAAUUAAAUACAUAUUUAACCCUGGAAAGUUGCAGGAAGACUUCAAUGUAUAUGUUCUUGAAUUUGUGUUUUGGGAGAAACUGAGGAACUGGGAAGUUGAGAUGAAUCAGAGAACUGAUAAGAAACAAUUAAAGAAUAUUUUAUCCUUUUGGAAGAUGGAGAUAAAUAACUUCAACAGCAUAUGUGACCUGAUCACACCGGAGAAGAGCAACUUCAUGUUGCCCAGUCUUAGCGACUACCUGGAGCAGAAGGAAUCUCCUAGGUUUAAGAAGAGUGCAAUCCUGGCUUACGUUGAUCUUAUUCAGUUUAUAAUAGACAUAAUUGAAGUUGACCAGACAAUGAAACCACUGGAGCAGAAGAGCUAUGUGAGUUAUCUGGAGAACAAUUCUAGGGAAUUCUCCAAGCAGAUCAAGAACCUGGAAACUAAGAUCUGUGCUGAGGUCUCAUUACAGAAAUCCAAGGAUGAAACCAUGUUGAAGUUUAACCCUGAACGUAUGUUUGAGUUGCUCCAAGUAGUUCUUAGAUCUACGCACACAUUUGAGGUCCUUGCAAAGAAGAGAAAAGAUGAUGAUGAAGAAAUAUGUAUUGACAAGAAGGAAGAGUUUGAGGCUAGAAGCUCUCUCAUUGGUUUGAUUUGUGCUACAACUGGUGCUUUCAGACCUGGGUUCACUACCAGCAUGACGAUAGCUAACUUCAGGGCCGGGAGGGAAGAACCAGUCAAGUUGUCAAGGUAUUAAGUCCUUACAGAACUUCUUACGGCAGACUUCGGCUUUCUAUGCCAGGACUUUACAGUGCUGUAAACAACUACAUAAAAAUAUACAGAACUGAUGCGGAGGGAAAGGAUUUUGUAUUUGUGAAUGCGCGUGGAGGGAAGGCGGACAGAAGACCUGGAAAUGAUUGGAUGAAGAGAAUACUGUCUGGAGAACUUAACGCCGAGGAGAAAAGGAAUCUAACCCUGGAUUGUUGGUCUGCUGCUUGGACUCAGUGGAAAGUAGAAGAGAAGCAGGGUUCCAAGAAAAGAUGGAUACACUCAUUAACAGGGAAAUCUAAUUCAAUCGAGAUCAGUCCUGUUGAGCUGUUUAUAAAGGAAUUCUUUAAAUGCGAUGAAAACGAGGAUGAUCCAAAUGAGCUGGAGGAUUCGGAGGAUGGUUCUUAUGACCUUGAUGUGUCGGAGGAUUAUUAGAAACCAUGCAGAGUACAUUCAUUGGUCACUGUGCAAUAUAACCAGAAAAUAACAAUGUAAAUUAAACUAAACCAUUGUAUGCAGGUUGCUAACAUUUUUUGACACUGAGUUUGUCAAAAUUAGCUUUUAGCAGAUUUUAUCGAGGUUGUUAAAAAUGUCUUAUCUUUGAGUGCUUCUAUUUUUUCGUAAUAAGGUUAUGUCUUAUAAUUCUUGAAUAUGUUGUACUGUAGUAGUAUUUGGAAAGUCCUAAACCAAACGCUCAGAAAAAAUACUAUUGCAAGUGGAAUGUCUCAAUGCAAGAUUUCAUCAUUACAUUUUAAUCUAAAUGUAUAAUUGUAUCAGGGUCUUAUUUUCAUCAAUAGAAUUCUUAUGUUUUUAAAGCAAAGAGCUGAACAAAUAAUUUGUAACUUAUAUAAUUUUAGUUUUUGGCCGGAAACCUUUCUUUGUGUAUUUAACAUUUUCAUAUUUAAACUCAUUACAUUUGAGCACUUGAUAAUGAUUUGUUAACAUUUUUGUGUGAUAUUUU